AGCGGUAUCGCAAUCCAGUAUUGCGCUAAGAACUCUGUUUUCUUUAUUGGAUCUCUGUAACAUCCAAGUUGUAUUUCUUCUCAACAAACAUCAUUGCAUAUUUUUUGUAUACUUUUAAUUUUUGCAAAUCUUCGAACUGGUGGUCGUAAAAAGAUCCAUCAUCAUUGUUUAAGUAGGUAUCCGGAAGUUGACGCAAAAAUCUUCUCCACACCAGCUCAACAUUCGGCAAGAACAAAAAUGUCCACUUCUCGGCUUUUUUAUCUCCUGGCGCAAAGCCAGGUUUACUUUCUCGCCUACCACCUCUUCGCCGUUGAGGCAGCCGGAGCAGCAUCGUCGUCGUCUGCUUCUGCGUCAACUUCCAACCGCGUGGACACCAGUGGAGCUGAGGCGCGGAAAAGGGAGAGAGAAGCUGUACAGGCUUUAUUCAAUCGUGCGGUGGAACCACACUUUCGAAAAGCCGCGACCGAAGCCGUUCGCUCUACCCUCCUCGGCCGUUCAGUAGAGGCGGAGCGCGGACGCCGAGCGCCGGCGGCCGUCUCCCGGAAAGCGAGAAGCGUUGCUGAUGUAGUUGCUUCUAAAAAGCUGCAGGGAGAUGAUCUCUAUGGGCUCGCCUCCGCAGACAAUGUUUCUGAUUUUUCUCUAGAAGUCCUUUCGGAGGCUACUACCAAGACGGCUGUGGACCAACAGUUCCUUCGCAAGGACUGUUUACUCGCGGCAGCGUCGCAUAGUUCUGGGGAGGAGGACGUGGACGCGAGUGCGUUUUUGGAAUCUUUCAACGCGAAUCCCAGCGAUACCAUUCUGCGUCCGGGGAAGUUUGCGUGCUCUACGAACCAGAAGGUGGAGAACGGAAAGUCCUAUUUUUACAAUCACGAGUUUUUCCAGGAGCUGCCGCUCUCGCAGAAUUAUAUCAAAGGCCUAUUGCAGAAGCUGAUGCGAGAAUUUCAGUUUUUUAGGGAAGGCAGACAGCGGCUUUCGAGGGGCCAGGUGGAAGGGCAAGAGGGACGACAAGAGCGACGUCAAGAAGAACAUAGUAGUACCAGUGCUCCCGCUGCUCGACCAGAGGGGAAGAACCGCGCGGCUACUUUUGCUCCCUCCUUUCACACCUCGCUUUUUGUUUCGAAAUUGCAACUGAGCGCGGAAAGCGAAGAACGGUUGCGCAACGCGAGUUCCCGGACGACGAACGCCCCGCAAGCUUACUAUCCGCGAAUGUUUAAAAACCUCGCUGACGAGGUUGACAUCGAAGAGCCCCCGCGGGCAAAACCGAACGAGGACCGCCUGUGCCUGGUAUACACGAGGUCGCGUUUUCCUGGUUACGGGAACGGCAGCGGCUCACGUACUAGCCGGCAAGAGUUAUAUACGACCGAUUUUUCCGUGGAGGACGGAAAAAAUUUCAUAAGUGGGCUGACCCACGAGCACGUUGGCGAUCCUGAGUCUAAUGAUAUGCGUUGGGAAUCCGAGCGACUCCUCGGUGGGGCAGUGAGAUACAGCAGGCGCUAUGCAUUGCAGGAUAAAAAUCGUAGACUGGUCGUAGUAAGUACGAAUUGCAAUUAUACUUUGCAUGGCGCCACGAGCACUACAUCAUCUGGCCUCACCUGAAGUGUAUUUGCAUUGCUCAAUAUCAUUUCAACUCAAGUUUCUACUUAAUAGGCGCGAGUAAUGCAAUCUCAACUUACACGACGUCGCGUGACAUCCUUUUGCGAAAAAUGCAUACCCUCCAGCGCUUCGCCGUUUUGGAGGCGUCGACACUGCUUACGCUGUUACUUUGCACCGUGACGCUUACGUCUCCGGCGGGCCUCGCUCCAUCCCCUUUGUUCCCAACCCCGACCGCUGAUUAUGAAAGAGACUUGAGCUGCCGGGCGCAGAUCUGCCAAUGGGUAUCUGCCGAGGAAGAUGCCUGA